CAGGCUGAUGCUUCCAAGACAGGUCCGGGUUUCUCCCCACUCUGCCUGGUCCAGAUCUUUACAUACCCGAGAAGUGGACAAGCCCUGCCAUUGUUGGUCCAGUAUCUUCUAAGGGCCUACUAGGGGCAGGGAUAGCCUACCCUUCAGGUACUCCCUCUCCUGCGGGGAGAUGUUACACCAGGGAGUAGAAAGAGGGCUUUUGUUUGGCCACAUGGAAAGGCCUGUGGAAACUUGGAUCCGUGACCAGGGAUUGAACUCGUGGCCUCAGCAGUGAAAGCGCUGAGACCUAACCACUGGACUACCAGGGAAUUCCAAAGCAGGUGUUUUAAUGGAAGUCUAAAUAGUGUGUCUUGGGCUGGGCAGGGUAGGUUAGGGAAAGCUGCCGGAAGACAGCGCUUUAGGUGGGGACUUAUAAGACAGAGGUGCAGGGUUGGGGUGGAGCUCCCCAGGCAGCGAGGUGAAGAUGGGGGAAGAUCAGGCGUAUCUGACCAGAAGCAGCCUAGUGAGGUGGGCUGUGUGGGUUUACGUGGCUUCAGGGCUGGGCUGCGGGCUCCCACUGGAAAAUUCAGGUGAUCCAGCUCCAACUCGCCGCCUCCCUCUCGGGUUAGCCAGGUCCAGACUCCGGAGCUUGAGGCUCAAGUCGCCGGAAGUGGGAGCGACUCCUCAGCUGAGCAGCAACUUCUGCUUUCUCGGCCUCCGAGUUUCCCUCGGCCCCAAAGACGCAGGACCUCGCCAGGCUGUCGUCGCCGGUGGGACAGAAGCCAGUCAAGUUUGCCUGAUAUCCAUCAACCAGGCCCUGGACAUUUGGUCUCAGCCCAGCUUUGCCUGCCUUGCCGUGUGAUCUUGGGCCUUUCUCCUCAUGGUGGAAUGGAAAGCUAGCUGAACUGGACAACUCUCGGGAAAGCCUUCCUGUCUCUGGGCUCCUGUUUUCUCAAGCCCCCUGCCCAGCCCACAGCCAUGGCCACAAUCGUGGCCCAGAAGCUCAGCCACCUCCUGCCCAGUCUGCGGCAGGUCCACCAGGAGCCUCAGCCGUCUGUGCCAUCAGAGCCUGUGUUCACCGUGGAUCGAGCGGAGGUGCCGCCCCUCUUCUGGAAGCCGUACAUCUACGUGGGCUACCGGCCGCUGCAUCGGACCUGGCGCUUCUACUUCCGCACGCUGUUCCAGCAGCACAACGAGGCGGUGAACGUCUGGACCCACCUGCUGGCCGCCCUGGUGCUGCUGCUGCGGCUCGCCAUUUUUGUGGGCACCGUGGACUUCUGGGGAGACCCGCAUGCCCUGCCCCUCUUCAUCAUCGUCCUCGCCUCCUUCACCUACCUCUCCCUCAGUGCCUUGGCUCACCUCCUGCAGGCCAAGUCCGAGUUCUGGCAUUACAGCUUCUUCUUCCUGGACUACGUGGGUGUGGCCGUGUACCAGUUUGGCAGCGCCCUGGCACACUUCUACUAUGCCAUUGAGCCUGCCUGGCACGCCCAAGUGCAGACCAUCUUCCUGCCCACGGCUGCCUUUCUUGCUUGGCUUUCCUGCACUGGCUCCUGCUACAACAAGUACAUCCAGAAGCCUGGCCUGCUGGGCCGCACUUGCCAGGAGGUACCCUCCGCGCUGGCCUAUGCAUUGGACAUCAGCCCCGUGGCUCACCGCAUUCUUGUGUCCCCCGACCCUGCCACAGACGACCCGGCUCUUCUCUACCACAAAUGCCAGGUGGUCUUCUUUCUGUUGGCUGCGGCUUUCUUCUCUGCCUUCAUGCCUGAGCGCUGGUUCCCUGGCAGCUGCCAUGUCUUCGGGCAGGGCCACCAGCUCUUCCAUGUCUUUUUGGUACUGUGCACGCUGGCCCAGCUGGAGGCCGUGGCGCUGGACUAUGAGGCCCGGCGGUCCAUCUAUGAGCCUCUGCACACCCGCUGGCCCCACAACUUCUCCGGCCUCUUCUUGCUCACCGUAGGCAGCAGCAUCCUCACCGCAUUCCUCCUGAGCCAGCUGGUACGGCGCAAACUUGAUCUUGAUCGGAAGACUCAGUGAAGGGGUGGCAGCUGGUAGGGAGGGAAGUAUAGUGGGGGCCCAAAGGUCCGGAUGGGAACAGAUGGGAAUAGAUGGGAACUUUGGCUCCAGAUGGGAACAAGUCCUGGUAAAGGUGUUUUUGUCUGGCCCGCGGUGAUUCUCUGUGCAUUCCUCGGCUGCCAAGGGCAGCACUGGCCAGUCCUUGGAUUUGAGGAUUGGCUGGAGAUGCUGGGGUCUACUCUUGGGCCUGCCCCAGCUGCCUGCCCUGGGAGAGGGAAAGAGAAAGAGAAAGAUGUGGGCCACCCUGGUUUUGCCUCCCCUCACUGCCUCUCUCACUUAGGGGUGAGGAUGGGGGAUCAGCUGGGGCCAAGACCCUGACUUGGGGCUUCCAGAUUAUCUGGGAGGGGGUGAAGUUGGGAUUUAGGUUAGAGUCAGAUCUGAGCUGAGGGACAGGGGAAGCAUCAGCAGUGCCCUCUACCCAGAUCCCCUUGGGAAAGGACAGCUCUCUGUUGUGUGCAGGACUUUAAGGUUCCUUGAACUCCAGCUUGGAGUUUGGGUGCUCCAGAGAACCCCCAAAGGUUGAAGAUUGUGCCAGGUGGAAAUGGAUCCCAUCCAGUGCCCCACAGCUCUCAGUCACUGUCCCAGUGAGCUCCACCCUCCUAUCACUGGACUCUGUGUCCCACUCAAUCUGUUCCCAUCUUUCCUGGGUCCCUCGUUCACAGCUCAGUGUUUAUCCAUUCAGUGUUUCUUGGGCCUCUACUCAGAGACAGGCUAUUGAUGGGGCCCUGUGGAUUAAUGCAGGAUGGUAAAGGCUUUACUAUCGAAUGAACUGUCAGGGGAAACACUGAGGAGGGAAUAAUUAGUGCUGCCUGGGACCCUCAGGAUCUUGGGUUGAGAAGGGUGAAUAAGAGUUUACAGAUGGAGAAGAGGAAAUGUAUUCCAGGCAGAGGGAAAAACCUGUUCAAAGGCCAAGAGGGAUGGAAGGAGGAGUCACUGGAGCUGAAAUCAGGGGUGGUCUGGACUCUGAUGUCCUGGAUGCAAUAAAAUGACUGUGCCAACA